AUGUUUUUGCCAGGACUCCCCUCUGGCUGGAGGCGGGGACAAGCCCUGCUUAUAUUGAGCUCUACUUGUCGAGAAGCUCCGCAGACGCUCAGGGUUCACAGCCGAGCCUCGUUGGUUGUGUUUGUGCCACUUGUGCCGGCGGCGAGGAAACGGAGUCUCCACAAGGGCACUUCGGCUUGGGGGGAGGGAGAGCUGCCUCUGAGUGCGAGUUCAGAUCCGCCAGCUGGUGACGGCAGUCCUGGGAGUCCAGCACCUUCGCCCCUCGAUAGCGGGAAGGGGGCGAAGUCUACAGGUGACAAGAGAGACGGAAACAAACCCCCUCUUCUGCCAGCAGCCGGGCCACGGGUGGCCCGUCAGGAGAUCCGAACAGCAUGGACCCCGAGGUGGCAGAGAAACCGGCGGAGACAGGCGAUUGCUGGAGGUUCUCCGUCAUGUACCUGUGCUUCUAUGGCUUCAUGGUUCAGAUUAAACCAGCAGAGAGCUUCAUCACUCCUUACCUCCUGGGACCAGACAAGAAUUUCACCAGGGAGCAGGUCACCAAUGAGAUCACGCCAGUCCUGUCGUACUCCUACAUGUCUGUGCUGGUCCCCAUCUUCUUGCUGACGGACUACCUCCGCUAUAAGCCGGUGCUCAUCCUGCAGAGCCUCAGUCACGUGGCCAUCUGGCUUCUGUUGCUCUUCGGAACCACUGUGCUGCAGAUGCAGUUCAUGGAGUUCUUCUACGGGAUCACCAUGGCCGCCCGUGUGGCCUACUCCUCUUACAUCUUCACCUUGGUCACGCCCAAGUCAUACCAGAAAGUGGCCAGCUAUUCUCGCUCCUCCGUCCAGCUGGGAGUUUUCGUCAGCUCGGUGCUAGGCCAGCUCUUUGUCACGCUGGGGGACUUGCCCUUCUGCACCUUGAAUUACAUCUCCCUGGGGUUCGUGACCUUUGCCUUCACCUUGACCCUCUUCCUCAAGAGGCCCAAACGGACCAUGUUCUUCAACAGGAAGGGCCUGGAAGCCAACGGGGCCGUCAUGUACGAGGUGGAUGCCACGCAGCAGACCUCCGUCACACUGGUCGGCCAGAAACCAAGGCCCCUCGGAAGUGGGACUGGGCGGGAUUCAGCGCUGGUGAAAAUGAUGAUGGAGCUCAAAAAUACUGUGCGAUCGCACCGGUUGAAGUUGUGGUCCCUUUGGUGGAUUUUUAACUCCACUGGCUAUUACCUGGUGGACUACGUACAAAUCCUCUGGGACAGCAUAAAUCCAUCCAGGGAAAAACAGGGGCAUCCAAACGGAGGCGUGGAUGCAGUUGCAACACUACUUGGUGCCAUUGCGGCUUUCUCCGCGGGGCACGUGACUCUGCGCUGGUCGCUGUGGGCGGAGCUGGUGAUCUUCAUCAUCACAGCGUUGCAAGCAGGACUCCUCUUUCUCAUGAACACCACCAACAACAUCUGGGUGUGCUACGUGGGUUUUGUCCUGUUCCGGAGCAGCCACCAGCUUCUGGUUCCCAUAGCAAUUUUUCAGAUCGCUGCAUCAUUGAGCAAGGAGCUCUGUGCCCUGGUGUUUGGUAUCAACACGUUUCUGGCCACCAUAUUAAAAACCAUCAUCACCUUCAUCAUCGCUGACAAGCGUGGACUGGGACUGCACGUAAACAACCAGUUCUUCUUUUACGUUGGCUACUUCUCGCUGCUGGCAAUCAUCUACCUUGGGAGAGGACUGUACAUUCUUGCUACCCACUACCGGGAGAACAAAGCCCACAGCCCGCAGAACGGGGAGACAGCCCACAGCCCGCAGAAGGGAGAGACAGCCCACAGCCCAGCAGCAGAGCCGAAUUGGACGGAUGGGCAGGCACAAGCUGCAACCACGAAGGCAUGAAGAGGGAG